AUGGCGCGUGCUGCAGUAAUCCCGCAAUCCCCUGCCAGACGGGUGGCACGAACUUCAACCAAAUCCACAGCUGCCGCAGAUGCAAAAAAGAAGGCCCCUCAAAGAGCAACACCAGCACGACGGAGUGCGCCCUCGACUCUCGAUGCUGAAUCCGAUGACGAGCUUGGGUUUAUCACAAGCAAACCAGCAAACCCCACCGGACGUCCUCUUGGCCGCCCAGCUACUAAACCGAAAGUGACUGCAACUGUGGCUGGGCAAGGAAAGAAGGCUUCCUCGGUGUCUCUCGCCGACACGUCAACCCCCCAAAAUAACGCUAGCGAAAAGAAGCUAGGACAACAAACUGAAGCGCUAAAGAAGCGUGUUGGAAGACCAAGGAAAACCCCACUACCUGCCGAAGCUGCUGCGACCAAGCCCGAAGCAGCCCCUAAAACCAGGGGGCGACCAAGAUUGGCAACGACAGCGAAGGCCCCUGCGACCCGUGGAACAGUGUCCACGAGCAGGCGGACACGAGCGGCUGUUGACACUGCAGAUGAAACGAAAUUGAACCAAAUUACGAUUUCGACUAACUCGACAACUAUGCGUUCGAACCUUCUACGUGGGCCCGCUAAGAAGAAGACAGUGAAAUUUCAAAAUGUCUCUGAUUCCGAAGCCGAGGAGCCCGAGAUUCCAGCUACUGGUCGUCGACGAGUAACGACCAAGGGUGCGGGCGUUGGCAAGACUGGCCUCGGAGCAGCCCCAACUCGCAAGCCUGUGACAACUGGCACUCGUGGAAGGAAACCAACCGCAGCGAAGAAGGAUGCGACCCAACCAUUAUCUCCCAAGAAGGCCAAGCAAGUGGCAAAGUCUCUAUCAGCAUACGCAAGCUCUGACGGAGAAGAUGACGAGUUGAACACUAUCAAUGACGACACCAAGGAUCGGGUCAAACUGAUUGUUCACUCGCCUGUUAAACAUGGCCUGGGAAAAACUGGACUGAGCUCUCCUGUACGGAGGAUCAACUUUACGCCCAAGAAGGCGUCCAGCUUUAUGGAUGAGAAUGGUGAGCCGAAAUUGCCAACCCCCAAACAUGGAUCAGACGGCAUUGGACUUGGCUCCCCAGUCAGGAAAAUCAACUUUGCGCCGAACCGCAGCCAGAACACGGUCACAGAUAAUGGUCACCUCGCUAUUCCACUCAGCAAUUCCAUUAAUUUCAGUGAUUCUAUGAUCAUGUCUAGCCCGGCGAGACGACCAGCGCCAUCGUCGCCCUUCCAGUUCUCCUUGAGAGAUACCCCCAAUCGUGGCGGUUCUUUCCUCGGAGGCAGUGUGAAUCCGAUUUCUGCACCUGAUUUUACACUAGGACGCACUUCUCCAUUGAAGAUGUCACCUAAGAAGGGUCAUUUGGGUGUUACAUUCUCGCAAUAUCCUUUCCAGGCUUCCACAUCAGCUGCUCCUGCUCGUACACCCUUGUUUCAAAGCCCCGCAAAGAGAAUAGCAUCUCCGUUCAAAACCUCGUUGUUCUCGGCUCAUGCAUCCAUGGGCCCCUCCAACACCAUGGAAAAUGAUGGAACCCCGUCUAAAACAGACAAAAUUGCACAAUCCACCCCCCCCGAAUCUUCGCCACAGGAAAGCCAGCCAGACGAGUUGGCUUUUGAAAAAGACACUGAAAUGGUAGAGGAUGUGGCUCGAGACAUUUUUGGCAUUGAGCUAUCUUCUAAUAGGAUGUCAUCAUCGCUUUCUUCCGUUGAGAAGUAUACACCUUCCUCUGAACUGGCCCGAUACUCACUCAAUGAUCGAGACACCGACUCUCUGUCCGCGGAGAUGGAGGCCGAGGCAGAGUCAGAACUGGACGAAGUUGAAUGUGAAUAUGUUCAAGACAUGGAUCAGCCUGAGUAUGAAGAGGCUGAUACAAUUUGCUUUGACGCCAUGGAAGACGCCCAAUUCACAGUGCAUGAGCUUCAUGAACAAUCGGCCCACGAAGCCUCAGAUCUUGAAGGAGAAGAAGACCCGCAAGACGAAAGCGAAUUUGAGUACGAAGAACUCGACACAGUUUGCUUUGACGCCAUGGAAGAUGCCCAAUUUGCAGCGCAUGAUCUCUAUGGCCAACAAACUCAAGAAACCUCAGACCUAGAAGAGGGCGAGAAUGACGAUAACGAAUUCGAGUACGAGGAGCCUGAAACAAUUUGCUUUGACGCCAUGGAAGAUGCCCAAUUUGCAGCGCAUGAUCUCUAUGACCAACAAACUCAAGAAACCUCAGACCUAGAAGAGGGCGAGAAUGACGAGAAUGAAUUCGAGUACGAGAAGCCUGAAACAACUUGCUUUGACGCCAUGGAAGAUGCAAACCUCGCAGAGAAUGACUUGUAUGACGAAGAAGGUCAGAUGGCAGGCUCAGUCAUAGAGGACAGGAAUUAUCCCGAAGACGAGCUGGCAAUUCUGGAGCGCGAGAUCCAGGAGGAAGGGUCCCGAGAAUCGACCCCAGUGCCCUCUCAGACUACAGAUAUGCAAGAACUAUAUGUGGAAGAGCAGCCGAAUGAACUUGCUUCGUCCUCCAGGUCACCAUUGAAAUUGACCUAUGGCGACGAAGCCCAGCCAACGGUUGACUUGGAAUAUUUCUUGGAAAGUGAACGUGAAUGGCAAGAAGAGGCCGUUCUUCAACCCGAGGAAGAGGAAAAAUUGAUGCGGGAGGAAAGCGAUGUGGAAGACACCGAGUCUAUCCUGGCCGGGCCUGAGUUUGCUACAAUCUCAUCUAAACCUGCUUCGCCAGAGGAGAACAAGCAUGCCGAAAACGUUCAAACCUCUUUCCAAAGGACGAAAUCAAUUGCUUCACCACAACCAAGUCCCAUGGGCGGCGAAUUUACUCCUUUCGCCUUGAAUCGCCCGGCCAACUCAGAGAAUGAACUUGGCUCCACCCUCGAUGCCAAGAAUGCCAAUAUUGUCAUCAUUGACACACCCCUGCAUGAAGAAAAUAAUUGGACGCCAAACACCCAGGCCGACAGUCCUCCGUUAAAGACACCUAGUUUCUUCAACACACCAAGCGUUGCUGAUCAGCACCAAUCCCCUGCUGAGUCUAGCCUAGGUUUUACGCCACUGGCGCAAAAGUUUGGCCGUUGGGAACAGAAUACCCCUUCCCAGGCUAGAUCACUCCGACCGCGUCGCCGUGGAGUUUUCUCGUUAGUAGGCCCCUUGGACCGCAACAACAACGAAACUGCAACAAAUUCUGAAGUUGUGUCGUAUCCCGAUUUGUCAAAGAGCCCUUUGGCGAAAAUCUCCUCUUUGUUUGCCGAACUGCCACUUCAGCCUCAAAGCAAUGAUCCUCGCAUGAACCUUGAGUAUGAACCGACUCCACGGCGAUCUUCCUUCUAUGAAGACUCCAAAACAAUAGACUCGCCGAAAACAAGCACGGAUAUUUUCGAGGAUCCUGAUUCCGAGAUCAUUGAACUGGAACAUUUUUCUACCACUGAAGUCUCGCAAGGCCAGGCCCAAAAGUUUCAUCUACUAGAUGACAAGGAGAACUGCGGUCCUACAAUUCUUCCUUCAACCCCAAUGAAGGCUCAACUCCAACCCGACGAACUACGUACCAUUCACACCGUGUCAAAAGUGCCCCUGAAAGCCGCUGGUGAUGUAUCACCUCUAAAGCUGUCCCGCAAGAGAGGCCUGUCGCUCUCAAGCCCAUCUCCCACUCGGUCUUCUUCACGCGUUCGCAAGCCCACCUAUAAGGCACUUAAUGACAGUGUACCAGUUUUGUCUCCCUCUCGGAAAUCUCCACGGGUGAGCAGAAGUCCGACACCAAAACGUCGUUCUAUUGCAGGUAGACGCAGCAGUGUUAAAACACCUGUGUUGGCUGCGCAUGAUACUUCUGCCAUAACGGCUAGUCCUGCCAAGAAGCCGCGUCGUAGCAUUAGCACUGAACAGAAAGCUCUGCACGGGGCGGUCGUGCAUGUGGAUGUUCAUACAACCGAGGGUGAGGAUGCCUCCGGUAUCUUUGUGGAACUAUUGCAGCAAAUGGGUGCCCGGUGUGUGAAGUCCUGGUCCUGGAACCCUCGUUCCAGUCUAUCGCCAGUUGAUGAUGUAGAACCCAAGGACUUGAGAAUUGGUAUCACCCAUGUUGUGUAUAAGGAUGGUGGUUUGCGAACCCUGGAGAAAGUCAAGAAGGCAGCGGGCCUUGUCAAUUGUGAACGGGAAAACCAAUGGCUCAAUGAAACCCCGUACGCGGUUGACUGCUCUAUCAUCCCACGUGGAGGCGCCAAGCGCCGCAAAAGUAUGGAGCCUCGUGCGCUAAGCAAUGUGAACGGCACACUCGUGCGCAUUUCCGAAUCUCCCGUGCCGUCUGCCGUCCGACGUCGCAGUGGUGUCAACGCAGGUGCCGUUGAGGGUUUCCGCAAGAUCACACCUUUAACCCACCAGCAGCAGAUGCCAUCCACACCCCCACAACAGUCCUCUGCUGAUAGGUACCAUUUCCCUGCUACUCCAGGAUACAACUUCGCCAACCUUGAUGCCAUUGGCAUGUCGCCCGCUACGCCCGGAUUCCUUGGCAAUCGCUCCAAGCUUCUCCAACAGUCCUGCCCACCAAAGCAGAGCAACCGAGGUCUGUUCCCGAGUGCUAAGCCCGCGAGCAAUAUUCUGGAUGACGGACAAGACGAGGAAUCUAGGAGACAGCGCCGCUUCCGUAUGGAGGCUGCCAGGCGCAAGAGUCUUGUUUACAAGCCUUCCAUCGCUAGCCCUCUUGUUCCUUGA